AUGCCUAAUUCAUCCUCCUCCUCCGCCAUCCGCGCCAGCCGCUCCGAUGGUUCUCUUGGCCUCCAAACCGCCAAAAUUCCCUCCCCUCACUCCAUCGCCGCGAUACUCUCGCCCUCCGACCCCCCCUCAACAAUCGACACCCCAGAGGCAUCGACACCGAAGCGACCGCACGCCGAGGCCUUCCCCGAAGCCGACACGGAGUUCUCUCAUCGCCCGGCGGCGUCGCCCCCCUCCCGCCGCCGCCUGAGCGAUACUACCAACGACACCAAUACCAAUACCAACAGCACGCCCGCCGCCGGCGUCCACACCCACACCCAUACACACCGCCCCGAACCCCCCGGCGCGCGGCAUGACGCCCCGCGCCACGUAGACAUGCACGAUGACCCCGACGACAAGAAGCCCUUGCCGAAGAUGCGCUCGAGCAUCGCCUGCUACCGCUGCCGCCGCAGCAAGAUCAAGUGCCAGAACAACGGCGUGAAUACCGCCUGCCGCGCCUGCGCCAACCAGAGCCGCGAAUGCACAUACCCCGAGCCGAGCGCCAGCCAGCAGGCGAACAAGCGGCCCGAGUCGACUAUCGCGGCGAGGGUCGAUGGGGAGGGAGGAGAUGUCAAGCGCGUGCGCAAGCGCGAGUCGGAUGCGGUGAGGAAGCAGAGCUUUCGCCAGAGCGAUGAUCCGCUGGAGUCCCCGCCGAUCACGGCGAAGCUGUGGAAGGACGUGUAUACUACAUUCAUGCUGCACUGCUCGACCGAGCUGCCGUUCCUGCAUGAGGAGGUCUUCCAUACCCGCGUUCAUCAGCCUGCUGCGGAGCGCUCUGCGGAUACUCAGAUCUUUCUCCUGGGCAUGCUGACGCUGACGGCGCGGUUUAUCCCGGAUUUGGUGGCAUAUCACAGCCAAUCUGACCCCUCUGAUCCUCUUGCGGCAUCGGAGUUCUAUGCCGAAGCGUUCGCGGCUCGCCUUGAUGCGCCGGCCCUGACCGGGCAGCCGUCAUUGGAAAGAGUUCAGGGGUUGCUCAUGAUCAGUCUGUAUCACUGGGGGAUGUGCCGUGGCCAACGCGCCUGGAUGUACAUCACGAUUGCUAUCGGGAUGGCCCGGACUAUGGGACUCAUGUUUGAAGAAGAUUCACGGACAAGUCAAAAGCCAGCUCUGAUAGAAGAGGCGCGGCAGUUAGGGGUGAAAUUGAAGGUGGCGGAGGCAGGGGCAGCACCCGACGAGCAGACCCUGAUCCAGCGCGAGAUCAAGCGGAGAACGGCUUAUAGUUGCUUCAUUCUGGACCGGUACCAGGCAUCCGGGCGAUAUCGGCCACAGAUCAUCAAUAUCGACGACCUGCACGUGCAACUGCCCUGUUCGGAAGAAGAUUUCCAAUUUGGGGUUGAUGUCAAGACUGGAUCGCUGAAGGACACCCCUCGGUCGCCUGACAGCCGGGAUGGUUCGAGGACCAUUUCUUCGACUAAUGUGUUAAGCAUAUACAUCCGACUUGUCGAGAUCUGGGGACGAUUCUCACGGUGGUCAUGCAGAGGUGGCAGACGGGAGGAACAAUACCCCCCAUGGGACCAGCGAUCCGAAUUUUACAAGUUACGGCAGCAACUCGUAGCUUUCCAUGAGUCCUUACCCCCGAAACUGACAUUCAGCCCUACGAAGAUCGCCGCACAUAUCGCCAGCAAAUCUAUUACGUUGUACACGGCCAUCCACACGCUUUAUUCGCUUUGCAACAUUGUCCUUCAUCGCGAAUAUAUUCCGUUCAUCCCUAUCCGAAGCGUUGGCCCCUCCGGACCUCUAGACGAGCCGACGUUUCCACCAGAUAAAUACGAUAUCCCAGAGGGGUUCUGGGACGAGAGUGCCGAGUUGAUUUUCAAAUCCGCUCGCGACAUCAUGGAUAUAGUGCGGGUUACUAGCGACAGGCAGGUCAUGGUUGAGUCGCCACAAGUUGGAUUCGCCGUGUGGACCGCCGCCUUCGUCGGCAUCUACGCCGUCCAUUUCCCUUGGAUGGACAAAAACUCCUACAUGAGCAACUCGCCCACAACCCUGGACCACAACCCCACCUACCCCACCGGCAGGCAUGAAGCCACUGACCUCGCCGUAAAGACCCUCAAUCUCAUGCUGCCCAGGUCCAAAAUGGCCUGCGGCUGGAGCGUCUGGAUCAAGCGCAUGGAGCACUACUUUGUCAACAUCAAGAAAGACCACAACCGCAGCAUCCGAGCUCUCGGCCUCCCCAGCUCCGAGCACCAGCGCCGCGAAGCCCAUGCCAAGGAGCUCAGCCUCCGCGAGGGUGGCCACGGCGGUGGCCUCGAGGAAUACAAGCUCCUCGAGAAGGAACUCAAGGACUUCGGCCCCUCCCUCGAACAAGACCGCUACGACUCUCCCGACCGCAUCUCCCCCUUCUCCGCCACCAACGGCGGCUCGCGCCCAUCAACACACAUCAAAGCCGAGCCCCAGCCAUCCGGUCACGCUCGUUCCGCAUCGAGAAAUGGCAAUGACAACGGAUGGGUUACUGUCAACACUACCGCUCCCCCGAGCAAUGGCAGCGUGGCGGAGGAGUACACACCGUCUAAUAAGGGAUAUGUGAAUCACCACGCGAGCCCUAAGAAUACCGCUACUUACUACCCACAAAACUCCACCUACGCCGCCGCUACAACACUGAAUUCUAUGUACCCCCCCCCGGCAAAUGGCACCACAAACUCCACGCCCUACGACCACCCCUCGCAGUCCUCACCCGAGACGUACAAGCCCGGUCCCCCUGCGUCAACCAGCAGCGGCAACUGGGCGUCCCCGAAGCCGAGCCCGGAAAGUGCGUUUAGGAGACUGGAGGAGAUUAGCAUGCACGGCGGCAAGGAUUUGGAGAUAUUUGGGACCGGGAUGGACAUGGAAACGGAUAUCUGGGCGAAUGGGUAUGUUAUGGAUGAUGGGAUGGGGGUAAAUUUUAUGCAGGCGGUGGUGUGGGGUCCGCAAUGAGUUAAUUAUGUGGGUUAGGUGGUCUGCGUAAGGGAAAGGAUAACAAGGACGGAAUGGAAAAGGGAAGGAUGGGGACGGAGCGUUGCGGGUUGCUUUUGUGUCGAUUUGUUUGUGGGUUUCUGGGGCGAAAAUUACUCGUUGUGGUGCGGUAAUGUCUUGCCUGUCUUGUUGUUUUAGUGUGUUUGAGGCUGUUUAGGUGGGAGGGGAGGGGUGGGAAAUGGGUGGGAAAGCCUGUUGGAAACAAGGGCGUCAUGUUUUGUGC